AAGACGCUGGCGGCGGCGGUGGCCAAUGGUUAGGCGCGUUGUUGAGAGGUGGCUGAAGGGGUGACUGGAGCAGAGGAAAGGAAGGCCGGCGGUGCGGAGGCGGGACGGUUGUGUUCUCUCGGGUGCCCUCCGCCGCCAUGAGCUCCAUCGGAACCGGGUAUGAUUUGUCGGCCUCCACAUUUUCGCCAGAUGGCAGAGUAUUUCAAGUAGAAUAUGCUAUGAAAGCUGUUGAGAACAGCAGUACAGCAAUUGGGAUACGGUGUAAAGAUGGUAUUGUCUUUGGAGUAGAAAAAUUAGUUCUAUCCAAACUUUAUGAAGAAGGAUCAAAUAAACGUCUCUUUAAUGUUGAUCGACAUGUUGGAAUGGCUGUAGCAGGACUUCUGGCUGAUGCCCGAUCUUUGGCUGACAUAGCAAGGGAAGAAGCUUCAAACUUCAGAUCCAACUAUGGUUACAAUAUUCCACUGAAACAUCUUGCAGACAGAGUGGCUAUGUACGUACAUGCCUACACACUAUACAGCGCUGUCAGACCUUUUGGCUGCAGCUUCAUGUUGGGCUCCUAUGAUGAUGAUGAUGGCGCCCAGCUGUACAUGAUUGAUCCUUCGGGUGUUUCAUAUGGUUACUGGGGAUGUGCCAUUGGGAAAGCACGGCAAGCUGCAAAGACAGAAAUUGAAAAACUCCAAAUGAAAGACAUGACAUGCCGUGAUGUUGUUAAAGAAGUUGCAAAAAUAAUCUACAUAGUCCAUGAUGAAGUUAAAGACAAAGCUUUUGAACUGGAACUCAGUUGGGUUGGAGAAAUAACUAAAGGAAAACAUGAAAUUGUCCCAAAAGACAUUAAGGAAGAAGCUGAGAAAUAUGCUAAGGAAUCUCUGAAAGAAGAGGAUGAAUCAGAUGAUGAAAACAUGUAACAUGUUGUUAAACACAGGAUUUAAUCUAUACUGCUGGCCUGUUUUAUGUAUUUGCCAUUAUGUAUGUUCUGGAAGAAUAUUUUGAGUGACCAACUUGCACUAAACAUUUUUCCAAUUA